AUGAAAGAAAUGAUGAAGUUGAAUGAAACCCCUGGGAACCAGGUGACUGAAUUCAUUCUCAUGGGCAUCACCAACAGUCCUGAGCUGCAGGGUCCCCUCUUUGUUGUGUUUUUACUCAACUACAUGACCACAGCUGUGGGAAACCUAGGCCUCAUCAUCCUAACCAGUAUGGAUUCCCACCUCAAAACCCCCAUGUAUUUUUUUUUCAGGCAUCUGGCAUUUGCUGAUCUUGGCUAUUCCACAGCUAUUGGACCAAAAAUGUUGGUUGGUUCUAGAGAAGAGAAAAAUAUCAUUUCUUAUAAUGGAUGUGCAAUGCAGCUAGGUUUUUUUGUAAUAUUUAUUGCCUGUGAACUUUUUAUCCUGUCAGCCAUGGCCUAUGACCGUUGUGUUGCUAUCUGUAAGCCACUGCACUAUAUGCUCAUCAUGUCAGAAAGGGUAUGUUGGAUCUUAGUGACUAUCUCAUACCUCUAUAGUAUCACAAUAUCCCUACUAAUCUCUAUAAAGCUUUUCAAAUUGUCUUUCUGUAAAUCAAAUGUAAUAAGAAAUUUCUACUGUGAUGGUCUUCCCCUAUUGUCCAUUAUAUGCUCAGACACAAGUGAGAUUGAACUAAUCAUUAUCACCUUUUCUAUAUUUGAGUUGUUUUCCUCCCUCUUGAUUAUCCUUGUCUCCUACGUGCUCAUUCUUGUGGCAAUCCUCAGGAUGAAUACACCCAAGGGCAGGCACAAAGCCUUCUCUACCUGUGGCUCUCACCUCACAGGGGUGGUUGUAUUCUAUGGGACACUUCUCUUCAUGUAUCUCCAGCCCCAAUCUAGUCAUUCCUUUGACACAGACAAGAUGGCCUCAGUGUUUUACACUCUGGUCAUCCCCAUGCUCAAUCCUUUGAUCUACAGCUUUAGGAACAAAGAGGUGAAAAGUGCCUUGAGAAGACUCUUCAAAAAAUGA